AUGCGUAGGGUUACCAUUUUAACCAAUUUUGGACGCAAGAAAAGGUAUACAUUUCCAAGGGAGGGAAAAAAUCCAUUCGUGCUUUGCAAAAGCGAAAGAAGUGUAGGCACAACUCAUGCUGCGAUAAGAAGCACACAUGGCGAUAAUGUAAAGACAAAAUUAGAAAGAAGAGAACAUGAUAUAAUUUUACACAAAUCAACAUGCUCGGCUGUCCCAUCCCUAUUAAGUGAUUACCACCAGUACAACACAAAUGAUCUCAUCAAAGUUUUAAAUUUAUACAUAAAGUCCAAGAGUGAUAAUAUUGAAUUGUUGAGAAGCGUUUCGAUGAAUUUGCUGCUGCAUAAAGAAAAACUAAGAUAUGGGGAGAUAAUCACAUUGUUAAAACAAUUUUCCGUGAUAAAAUGCAAAAAUUAUUUUUUAUUUUGUUAUUUUAAAGAUGUCCUGAUGGAAAAUAUCCAUUUAAUUACUUGUGAUGAUUUAGUGGACAUAUAUUUUUCCUUCACUAAUUUGAAUUAUUUUCAUUAUAAUUUUUUUUUUCUAAUUGAGAAGAGAAUAUUUCACAACUUUCAUCUUUUAAAUUUAAAAAAAUUAAUUUGCCUGAUACAAUGCUUUAACAAGAAAAAAAUUAUUUCGAAAAAUUAUUUAACCAUAUUACUUUAUAGUAUUUCAAAAAAAAUAAAUGAGUUGGACACUUUUCAGCUUUCUGUCCUUUUCGUUUUUUUUAAAAAUUUUAACAUAAAUAAUAGCAUCCUCAUAAAUUCCUUAAUUCAUAAUUUUAAUCAACAUGUGAAUGUCAACUCUGAAUCGAAGCAGCUAGCCAUUUUUUACAAUUUUUUGUCUUACGUUGGUAAGAAGUGCCAUAGGAAUUAUCAUUACUUUGCAAAGGAGAAGGAGCUCAUCGGCUUGAUAAAAAAUUUUGCUUUGCGCUAUGAGGAGCAGUGGGAGUGGGGCCCAAAUGGGCCCAGUACAAUUGUGGGAGGAGAGGGUAACACAGGUGUACACACCAACACAGUGACCGACGCGGUUGUCAUUUCGAAUGGCGACACCUCCAUCAACGCAGGGGCAACCAUAGAAAAAAGGCUGUCCAUUUUGGAAACUAAUUUCCUUACCCAAAGUGACGAACUACAAACCUUGAGGGAGCAUACGAAUGCACUAAAGCAGAAUUCGUACAACGUCAAUAUGGUGUACUCCAUAAAGAACGCUUUAAAAAACGUGGAAGCUAUAACAAGGAAGAAAUUGAAGAGCAUGCCCAUUGAGUCCUUGUGCUUGAUAUCCUCUUCCGUAGCAAACAUAGAUAAAAAUAAAUUCCUCUUGGAAAAAGUCGCUGAGGAAGUGGGUAAACAGUCGACCAAAUUGACUCCCCUGCUGGUGAGUUUUUUGAUGCUAUCUUUUAGCAAAGCGGGUCACAAACAUGGUAGUCUAAUUUACUACUCGCUGCAAUUUUUUUAUAAAUAUCACAAUUUUUUUAGUGUAAAUGAGGUGGGAUUGCUGUGUAAAGCACUACACAAUUUUUCUCUUAAGGAGAAUGAAUUUGUGGACGUGCUGAGUGGGUUUAUGUUGAGCGUCCUUGGUGAGGGCAGUAGUGAGGAAAACGGCGAUGGCCGCGGUGAGGACACCCUCGUUCGUAGCAGCGGGGAAGGGGGUUGCAGGAACGACCGUGGAGAACACUUUAAUUACAAUGCGGACGAUGGUACGUCUUGUGGAAAACAGGUCGAGAAACUCUUUUUUGAGGUCGAGAAGAGCAUAGAUAAAAGCAUUGAUCAAAUGAAUUACGAAGAUCAAUUCACUAAUUUGAGGAGCGUGCAUAUGGAGCAGGAGGGUAAGAGCUACAAGGACGCAAAGGAAAGGGGAGGUGACCGUGAAAAUAAAAGGAUGUACAGCGAUUUUGUAAACUUUAGCUAUAUUGAUUAUGAAAAUAUAAAAAAGAACAAUUAUUAUGCAAACAAUUUGUACAACAUAAAAAUGAGCAACAAGGUUUAUAUAAAUAAUGUCAUAUACAUUUUGGAGUACUAUGCUUUCAACCUGGUGAAUAUUCCGGAAAUAUUGGACCUUUUCUGUGACUUUUUUUUAAAACGAAACAUGAAUUAUAUCUUGUACUCCAGAAUAUUUUACGCCUUUUAUCUGCUACAGUACAGAGGAAAUAAGGUCUACCAAAUGAUUGACAAAUUUAAUGAGUGUCAACCCCUGUAUCAAGUGAUGUACAAGGAGAGGCACAUGGAGAAGCUCUUGGGGUCCCUAAUUUAUUUUUAUGAAAACAAAACGGAAGGGAAUAAAAUGGACAACAUUUACUUUUACGUUUUGUCCAAGAGCUACUUUUCAUUCAUUUUUAAUUUUUCAAAAUACAUUUUAACAUUUUUGUUUAUUAAAAAUAGUAAUUAUGUGCUACGCAAUUUUUUGGUUCAUAUAGGGGAAAUAUCGUUGGGCAGGGACGACUGCAUUUAUCUGCACAAACCAAACAGAUUGUAUUGA